AUGUCCCAACCACAGGGCUCCAGACUAGCGAAUAAAGUAGCCAUCGUAACCGGCGGCGGAUCCGGCUUUGGCGCUGCAAUAGCCAUACGAUAUGCCCAGGAAGGCGCAAAGGUCAUAAUAGGCGACAUUAACGUCGAGGGAGGCGAGAAAGUAGUCUCCAGCAAUCCCUCUAGCAUCAGCUUCCAGAAGAUGGACGUAACUUGCUCCGAAGACUGGAAGGCGGUUCUAGACCAUGCGGUAUCGAAGCACGGUAAGGUGGACAUUCUUGUGAACAAUGCUGGGACAACAUAUAAGAAUAAGCCGUCCGCCGAAGUUACCAUGGAGGAAUUCGAACGUGUGUUCAACGUUAAUGUGAAGAGCAUCUUCCUUGCCUCUCAACUGUUUAUCCCGAUCCUAAUCAAGCAAGGACAUGGCGGGUCGAUGAUUAAUAUCUCUUCGACGGGUGCCCAACGACCCCGUCCGGGUUUGGUAUGGUACAAUGCGUCGAAGGGAGCAGUGUCAAAUGCUACCAAGGGUCUGGCGGCGGAGUACGGCAAGUAUCAGGUCCGAGUGAAUAAUGUGUGUCCGUUGCUUUCGGGAACAGGUCUGUUUGAGAUGUUCACUGGUAUACCCGAUACCCCCGAGAAUCGACAGAAGUUUAUUGAUAAUGUGCCUUUGGGGAGGUUGGCGGAGGCAGAGGACAUUGCCAACAUGUGUUUGUAUCUUGGCUCUGAUGAGGCGAAGUUUAUUAAUGGUGGAGAUUUUGUCGUCGAUGGGGGCAAAUGUAUUUGA